AUGAGUGUGCAAACAGCUACACAAGCAGAGGCUCGAGUGAAUGUGGCGCUGUGUAGUGCAUGCAAUAGAAGUCACCACAGAGAUGUAGUGUGCGAGCCUAGGAGGCAACAUCGUGAACAUGAACGACCUCAGAAUGGGGAGGGGGUGAUGGACGGCAACGAGACUCACGCGGCAGAUGGUCAGAAUGGAGAUGUUGAAGUAUCAGAUGAGGAGGAGGACGGCAGUUCAGAGUCAGAGGGGGAGAGAGAAGAGCAGCCAAUGGAUGCGGGAAACAAUGGAAACAUGCGCUCGGGGGGUGUGAGAUUAUCAAAUCCAACAGCAGCAGAGAGUGGGGGAUUGGGGGAGAUGGGAGGAGCAUCCGAGAGUGGAGGAUUGGACGAGCGGGGAGGAGCAGGCGACAGCGGGGCAGGGAGGGGAGGAGAAGAGAGCGGGGCAGGGAGGGGAGGAGCAGCCGAGAACGAGGCGGGUAGGGGAGGAGCAGCAGGGAGCGCGGCGGGGAGGGGAGGAGCAGCAGGGAGCGAGGCAGAGAGGGGAGGAGCAGUCGAGAAUGGGGUAGGGAGGGGAGGAGCAGCAGGGAGCGAGGCAGAGAGGGGAGGAGCAGUUGAGAAUGGGGUAGGGAGGGGAGGAGCAGCAGGGAGCGAGGCGGGGAGGGGAGGAGCAGUCGAGAGUGGGGUAGAGAGGGGAGGAGCAGCAGGGAGCGGGGAGGGUAGGAGAGGAGCAGCAGGGAUCGAGGCAGGGAUGGGAGGAGCAUCAGCAGGGACAGGGAGGGGAGGAGCAGCAGGGAGCGAGGUGGGGAGGGGAGGAGCAGCCGAGAGUGGGGUAGGGAGGGGAGGAGCAGCAGGGAGCGGGGUGAGUAGGGGAGGAUCAGCAGGGAUCGGGGCAGGGAGGGUAGGAGCAGGGAGCGGGGCGGGGAGGGGAGGAGCAGAGAGCGGGGCCGGGAGGGGAGGAGCAGCAGCGAGUGGGGCGGGGAGGGGAGGAGCAGAAAGCGGGGAUGGGAGGGGAGGAGCAGCAGUGAGUGGGGCGGGGAGGGGAGGAGCAGCAGGGAGCGGGGCGGGUAGGAGAGGAGUAGCAGGGAGUGGGGAAGGGAGGGGAGGAGCAGAGAGCGGGGCCGGGAGGGGAGGAGCAGCAGCGAGUGGGGGCGGGGAGGGGAGGAGCAGAAAGCGGGGAUGGGAGGGGAGGAGCAGCAGUGAGUGGGGCGGGGAGGAGAGGAGUAGCAGGGAGUGGGGAAGGGAGGGGAGGAGCAGUGAGAGGGGCGAGGAGGGCAGGGGCAUCAGGGAGCAGGGCGGGGAGGGCAGCGGCAGGGAGCAGGGCAGGGAGGGGAGAGACAGCCGAUAG